CUUGUCUACUACAUGUACACAAGGGCCCAGGGACGCAAGCCGUGGAUAGAUUGCAUAACAAUGAUGAAUGGAAAACAAAUGUAUGGUGUCCCACUGGGAGGCAUAGGCUCAGGAACCAUUGGCCGCGGGUUUAGGGGGGAGUUCUGCCGCUACCAGAUGGUGCCUGGAAUUUAUGAAUAUCACACCGUCAUGGCCAAUCAGUUCAUCGUGACAAUCAGAGACCCCAAAGGCAAUACGCUUUAUCAAAAGGUCUUGUCUAUACACAGUAAAUCCAAGAAAGGUUUGGGGUCGUGGGACUGGGGCUUCAGUGGAGCCGAUGCCCUUUACUGUGGUCUUUAUCCAAGAUCAUGGACGGUCUACAACAUCAAAGAACAAAGCAUAAGACUAAUAUGCCGUCAAAUUUCACCUGUUAUACCGCACAAUUAUAAAGAUUCAUGUUUACCUGUGGGUGUGUUUGUAUGGAAUAUUGAAAACCACAAUUCAGAACCCCGCGAUGUUUCCAUUUCACUCACGUUCAAGAAUGGCACAGGCAGCAGUGAGGAUAAAAAUGGAGAAUGUUGGAGCGAAGUUUGGGAGAGAAAUUUGGAAGAAGGAAAAGCGAAAGGCGUCGUGUUGCAUCAGACCAUCAAAAGUCUCAACCUGCGAUACUGUUUGGCCCAGAGAAAAGUCUGGGGUCUCACAGCCCACUCCCACUGCCCCGGUUUCGAUCCCACGGGGCCUGGUGACUCGGUGUGGAACGACCUCAAAAUGGACGGAGAAUUGGAGAGUAAAGAAGCACCAUUGAUAAAGACAAGAAAAGGUGAAGAGAGAGCAGUGGCAGUGUGUGGAAAGUGUAGCAUUGGGGCCAACAAGUCAGGCAUGGUGGAGAUCGCCCUGGCUUGGGACAUGCCGCAAAUUGUGUUCAAAAGCCGGGGGAUUACUCACACCAGACGAUACACACGGUGGUUUGGGGAUGAGCAAACAGCAGCACAGGAGAUCGCAUCUUAUGCUCUGGACAGCUACAAACGCUGGGAAGUCGAGAUAGAGAAUUGGCAGAAUCCUAUCCUUCAGGACAAGGACUUACCUGACUGGUUUAAAAGUGCCAUCUUCAACGAGCUCUACUUCAUAUCGGAUGGAGGCUCAGUCUGGCUCGAGAUGACACCCUCACUCAACACAACCUUGCCUGCCUACGACACUCGACCUGAGUAUGGCCGCUUCGCAUACCUAGAAAGCCACGAGUACCGCAUGUACAACACUUAUGAUGUGCACUUCUACGCGUCAUGGGCCCUUGUCAUGUUAUGGCCUGAGCUGCAGAAGUCCCUCCAGUAUGACAUGGCCCAGUGGACUACCUCGGCUGACCUCACACCCCGGACGCAUCUCUUCAGGGGGAACAAGGGGGUGCGCAAGCUGGCCAACGCUGUGCCACAUGAUAUUGGUGAUCCAGAGGAUGAACCCUUUGUGCGGGUGAAUGCCUACCAGAUCCAUGACAUUAGUUACUGGAAAGACCUGAACCUCAAGUUUGUUUUACAGGUGUACAGAGACCACACUUUCUUCCGUGACCUUGAUCACCUCACACACAUGUGGCCAGUGUGUCGGGCUGUGAUGGACAGAUGCUUUUCAUAUGACCGUGAUGGUGAUGGCCUGAUUGAGAAUGAAGGCCAGGCAGACCAGACUUAUGACUCAUGGGUGAUGCACGGCCCCUCUGCCUACUGCUGCUCGCUUUGGGUGGCCGCCCUGGCUGUCAUGGUGGAGAUGGCCUCAGAACUCAAAGAUGAGGCUGAGGAAAAGAAGUUUGCCGAAGCCCUGGCCAGGCGAGGGUGGCCCUGCAGGAGAAACUCUGGAAUGGAAAGUAUUACAAGUUUGAUUGUUGUGAUGCUCCCCACAGCCACAGCAUCAUGGCAGAUCAGCUGGUUGGUCACUGGUAUCUCUCGUCUCCCGGAUGCUGCCGUUGAGGUAUUCAGACGAGACUGUGUGAAGUCGGUCUUAGAACUCCUUUAUGAGUACAAUGUCCAGAGGUUCAACAAUGGUGAGAUGGGAGCAGUGAACGGCAUGAACCCAGACGGCAGUAUAGACAGGUACACCAUGCAAAGCGAGGAGAUGUGGGUGGGUGUCACCUAUGGGCUCGCUGCCACUAUGAUCUAUGAGGGAAUGGUGGAGCAAGGAUUCAAGACGGCAGAAGGUGUCUAUCGCACAGUCUAUGAGAAGAUUGGCCAGGGUUUUGAGACCCCUGAGGCCUUGUAUGGAGAGCACAAAUACCGUGCCAUUGGCUACAUGCGUCCACUGUCCAUCUGGUCUAUGUACCAUGCUUACUUGCAGCAGAAGAGAAGGAAAAUGGCUGAAGCCUGCCAGAAGAGCUACAGCAAUGCUUCAUCCCCUGUACCAUCCAUGGGGAGUGAAGAGGGAGUGAAUCUGGCGCUGGAUUCUUCUAGCGAUGUGUCGAAAUGAGAAGAGGAGAGAGGAGUAUCUCAAGAUUACUCUUAGAUGUUUUAGACAGGGAUGUAAGAACAUCAAGCAGAGAGUCUAUAUUUUCUUCUGUGAUAUGAGCCAAACAGAGCUGAUGAGUGCAAUGUGAAGUAACUCUUUCAAUUUCGGAAAUGGCAGGGCCCUUAUUUUUGCCGGCGGGCUUUGUAGCAAGGACAUUGAUGGCCGUAAAGUAAACGUAUUCAUUAGUUUAUGCUUGCCAAUUUUUCUUAUCAUGUCAUCAUUGUUUUAUUCACUUCCUAAUCUUCGCCUUUCAUUCUUCAUUUUCUUUUUAUACAUAGGUGUACUUUUAAUGAUAAGCUUCAUCCUCAGAUAUUGUUCUCUACUCCAUUUUUUUUUUUUUUUUUUUUUUUUUUUUUUUUUUUAAGUAAGUGUGUGUGUGUGUGUGUGAGAGAGAGUGUGAGUGUCUUUGUGUGUUUGUGUAAACUAUAGUACUCAUUUAGUCAUCACCUUUGUUUAUCGAAGUUCAAACCAGGGGAACUAAACCAGUGAUUUUACGGUGGCUCUGUAUUUCAGUGUCAACCAUUAGAGAAACUGGAAUUGUUAUGAAAAUGGUUUAUAUCUAGUAGAAAGGAAUAGUAUUUCUCUCAUCUUAAAUACCUUUUUGUAGUGCAUCACUCAUUGGGGUCCCUUGAGAUAAGAAAAUCAAUGUAUAUCAAUAAUACGUAGGAGUUUUUUAUAAUAUUUGAACUGUACUGAGAGGUUUACCCUUUCAUGUGUUCUUUGGUGUAGGCAAUCAUUUUUACCUUAUAGUGGUGAUGAUAACAGAAUGGAGCUUUGUAAAAGUGCUUCCGAAUACAAUCCUUUCAAAGUGACGGGAAUGUCUUGCAGUUAUGCUAAUCUUUUCCUUUUUUAUAUGUAUAUAGAUAUAAUGUCUGGUUAGAGGUUUUUGGAUAGUGUCCACUAGACAGGAGAGCUACCAAUCCUCGUCCAUUGUUCUCAAUAGAACUUUCAUAGGGCUAGAAGUUACAUCACUGCUUUUCUUAAGGGGAAAAGCACAUGCAGUACACAUGUCAUUGCAACACUGACUAUAAUUUAUGGCAAUCAUACAAAAAUCUAGGUGCUAUAUGUUCAACAGAGAGCCACAUCAAAAUAUGAGGGGUCCACUGAUAACACUAUUGUAUAUUCAGCUGACAAGUUAAUAGUAAGUUAUUUAUAGCUUGUGAAGUCAAUCGAACAACCUAUGCCUGGUGAGCAGUAGAUGUACCCAUUUUUACUUAUUUAUAGUAUAAUACAAAGGAGUAAUUGGUAGUGAAAUACGAUUACUGAAUGAUUGAAAGUAGAUUACCUUUGGUACAUAAGUGUGUGUGUGUGUGUGUG